UCCUGAAAUAUAAGGUUACAUCAGACCCAUGGAAAUUUUGCAAGCUCGAAAGUGACAACCGGAAAAUAAUACGAUCCGACAAGGAACAACAAAUCACCCACUUGGAUGAUAAGGACACGAUUUCGUCAAGUUUCGAAGAAGGCAUACCUAAGCGAAAUUCCGCUAAAACUUGGGGAGUAGAAAAGCCUUAUCUUAUAAGCAAGCAUCGCAUCUGGCGACUUCGCGCAGUGAUAUUGCUUGGUCGAAUUGGCUUCAUGUUGCCAUGGCGGUGGACUGAAAAUAGAUCCCUUGAUGGAAUUGUAAUAGAAAAGUUUUCCACAUUUUGGGAACGCGUAUGGAAUUUGGGGUCACUUUUCAUCUGCUGUUUGUCUUGCGUUCUUACUUACUUUCACACUUCAAUUGCCUUUAAAUCAUUCAAAUCUGGGGAGAAAGGUAUCGAUCCACUUUCUCCAGUCUGCAAGGAACUGCUUGGCACUCACACGCCGCAAUUUUGAGCAUCGUCUUGAUUAUUUAUCAGGACAGGAUUCGUGUCUAUUUGAACGCAAUGUUUCUGUUUAACAGACACCUUGUAGAGGAGUUAUGUCAAGGUCAAUUCGAUGACGAUGAUGAGGACGAUGGAAGCAACCUCUUUUACAACUGGGCCUAUCCGUUCUUAUGGAUAGAACUCUUUUUAUCAUUGUCCAGAUAUAUUGUCAAUUAUGAUGCUCCCCUUUACAUGACGAGCUUCUUGGGAACUAGAGAUCAGAUUCAGUGGUGGUUGGUCUUGCUUGGAGCAUUGCAGGAUUUUAUGACGGGGACUCACCUAGUUGCGGGAACCUUGAUAUUGGGAUAUGUUACGGUCACUCAUGCAGUGACGAUCAAUUUCUGGUUGAGGGAGGCACACAGGGACAAUGAAAAUGUGGCGACGAAAGAGCAUCUCCGGUCUCAAGAGAGGGCAGUGCAACUAUUUCGUGCGGCACAAGUCUUGUCGGGACAUUUCAAUUUAGAUGUCGCCCGUUGUUCGGUCACUCUUUGUGCAUUCAUCAACUGGUCGGCUGCUAUAGUUUGCGGUUUCACCUUUGUUCGAUCCUUGAACUAUUUGAUGAUCUCUGAAUUCCCGGGAUCCAUUUUGUACCCUGUUGGCGUCAUUGUUACAAGUUGUUCAGCAAUGUCGCAGCUGUCGCAAGCCGCGGCGAUUAGGGACGUGAGCAUGAGCUUCCUAGAUUCGUGGUGUAACGGAGCGAAUAAAGAAUUCAGACGCUUUCUCGCGUCAUGCCAGUCGGUCAAGGUGGAUGCGAUGGGGGUCGUUGUCUCUCGAAGGAGUUUGGUCACCUUCUUUAAAACUGUAACGGAUCAUAUUAUUGAUUGUAUUAUUACUUUCCGUUAAACACAAAUUAAAUAAAAUCUUUUAAAAAACCUACAUAAUUUAUUUAAU